AUGAAGAAAACAAUGAAAGAUUUAGCACCUAUUGCGAUUCCGCACGGUCCGCCUGUAGAGUCUACAGCGGAAUAUUUUAAAUCUAAAAUGGAAACUGCUAAUAUGACACGAAAAUAUCCAGUCUGGGACGUUGCGCGUCCCACACCACAAGUUCUCAUGGAACAAGCGCGCCGUGAUCUCAUGGAGGCGGACGAAAAGCUCGUCUCAAAGCGUGAAGAAGAAAAAGCAAACCGUGUAAUCAUGGACGCAAAAUGGCAGGAAUUGCGCGAAAAAGAGUUACUCUUGAAAGAAUCCUUUAUCAGUUUCAACAAGUUUAUUAGAGAAAAUCAAGAGAAGCGAGACCGAGCGGAAAGGAAGAUGGAGGAAGACACCCAAGUGCUGAUACGCAAAACGCGGGAAACCGAAGCGAUGCGCAUGCGCGUGGCCGAAAUGGAGGAGGUAAAGCGUCUCAUGGAGCAACAAGUCCGGGAUUACACUAUCUAUGAAGACUACCUCAUGUCGGUGGUACAAAACUAUCCCGAAUUUAAGCAACCAUUGGACGUGUUGAAUCGUUACGAAGCCUUAGCCGCCGCUAAGAACACCCUCGCCGAGCGUCAGGAACGCGACCUGGAGAUGCUGGAGAGCGCUCGCCAGGAGAUAGCGGCUCUAACAGAGGAGAAGAAACUUUUCAUAAUGGGCCUCAAUAACACGCUAGCCGAGUUAAGGUGGCGCUACGACAAGGUGAGGAACCGCGUAAUCGAGUGGGAGUUGGCCCUGAACCGGCUAAAGGAGGCAGCGGCGGCGCGCCACGUGGAGCUGUGCCACGUGCGCUCCGCCAUUUGGGGCCUGUACCUCAAGAUCUGCAAGCAGAAGGGCAUGGCCGUGGACGUCAAGGAGGCGGACUUCGAGCAGCAGCUCGUGGUGAUCAUGAGAGCGCUGCUGGAGCUGAGGAAGAUAUACAGGAUCGCCGAGCGACGUUCCAGGGAGAAGUGCAAAAACCCAAAGGGGGAACGGGAAACGGUCAUCAAUUACGUCUACCUGUGCUUGGUUCUGUUCGUCCUCGUCAACCAGCCGAUGUCUUUGAUAGUCCACCUGGGGACGGAGCGCGCGGACGUGAUGGGCAGCCUCGGCGAAAUAGCGGACGGCCUGCCCUUGGUGGCCUCUGCGGCGAUCGUGGCUUAUUUCGCGUCGCACAAGGGCGAGCUGUACGGACUGGUCGACCACAUGAACGCCAACUUCACGUGCCACUCGGCGCGAGGCCUCACAAAUAUGACGAUGUCACGAAGCUACGCGGCGGCCAGGGACUUCGCAUAUCUGUAUACCGCGUGCACUUUGUUCAGCGUGACGAUGUAUGUUACUCUGCCAGUGGUCGUGCAUCUGUUCACGAAUGAACCGCUGCAGCCUUGGAUCUACACGGAUGCCACAUGGACGAUAAGCGUUGUAUUCGUGUUCCUGAAGCAGUGUUUGGCGCAGGGCUACGUAGCGUUAGCCUUAGGGCAGUUGGGUGUUUUGUUCGCGUCAAACGCGAUCCUACUCUGCGGCCAGCUUGAUCUUCUGUGCUGCAGCAUGAGGAACUCCCGCUACACGGCACUCCUGCGAAGUGGGGUCCAGCAUGCCGCACUGGUAGAAGACCACACGGAUUCAGUGUCGGAGGAACGCCAUAGCUACUUGUACAACCGUCCCGAGGCUGCGGAUUCCGUUUACCACUACGACAAGAAACUGGAGAAAUUCGAGAAGUUUCUGUCGCCUCUGCUAGUGCUAAGGGUGGCCCAGGUCACGCUGUAUCUCUGCACGUUGCUGUACGCCGCUACUGAGAAAUUCAACAUGAUCACUGUUGAAUACUUGGCGGCGGUUGCGCUGGACAUAUUCGUGUACUGUUACUUUGGCAAUCAAAUAAUUUUGCAGGCGGAUCGCGUGUCCACGGCUGCGUACCAGAGCCCGUGGCAUACAAUGGGCCCUCGCCCCAGGAAGCUACUCCUCAACAUCCUCUUGGCCAAUCGGCGGCCGUUCGUGGUGCGAGCGGGCAGAUUCCUGCCCAUGGACCUCCACACCUUCGUAAUGAUAAUCAGGACUUCGUUCUCCUAUUACACUCUGCUGGUAAACGUUAAUGAAAAA